UGCAUAGUGUGUAUUCUUAGAAGUUUAUGGCGUCUACCUUAGGUCAGCUACAAACAUUCAACUUGCUUCAUUUUAUAUAGGAGUGACGAAUAUUUUUUAUAUAGGAGUCGAGAAUGAUACGUUUAGUUGGGUUUCUUGUUUUCUUUAUCUUUGUAGGUGUCAUAGGCGAAAAUGAACAAUGUGACACCGACAACUGUCAUGUCAAGUUUGCCUUUGCUAGCUAUUACCAGGACAACAUGGUGUUACAACGGGCGCCACAUAAAUCGGUGAUUUGGGGCUAUGGUAAACUGGAUGCUAAAGUCACAGUUCUCGUUAUGCAAGAUGAGUAUACUACACAUGUUCAACUUGGAACAAGCAAUAUACCAGUGUGGUCGGUCACCCUGAAGCCUUACAAUUAUAUUGGAGGCCCACAUAAGAUACAAGCUAUACAAGAACACAAUGGUGUCAACAGCACAGCGUUGAUAAGCAACAUUAUGUUUGGUGAUGUUUGGGUUUGUGGUGGACAAAGCAACAUGAAGUUUACAGUUGCAAUGGCUUUUAACGCUAGCUACGAGUUAUCGUUAGCACCGAAGUAUCCGAACGUGCGAGUGAUGACUGUAGGCGAUGAUCGAUCAAAUGAACCUUUGCACGAUUUCAAGAACUUAGAACAACCAUGGUCGGUUCCAUCAAAACACUCACUGACUGGUGAUAACGUGGAAUGGACCUACUUCUCAUCGUUAUGCUGGCUAUAUGGGAGAUAUUUGUACGAUUUUCUUAAAGUUCCCAUAGGUCUUGUGUCAUCUAAUUGGGGAGGAACACCGAUUGAAACAUGGUCGUCUACAGAUGCGUUGAAGAAAUGCGGACUACAUUUGUGUGACGAACCUGACUUCAAACUGGAAAUGCGAAAUCGAACAAUAACAAAAGUUCCGCGAUCAAACAGCGCUCUGUGGAAUGCUAUGAUUCAUCCGAUGUUAAAUAUGACGAUUAAAGGAGCGAUAUGGUACCAAGGUGAGACGAAUUAUGAUUACCAUAACGCUGAGUAUGCUUGUUCCUUUCCUGCCAUGAUAAAUGACUGGAGAGACAAAUGGUUAGAAGGCACUAGAGGGCAGACCGAUAAGAAAUUUCCCUUCGGCUUUGUCCAGAUAUCUACAACGACUGAGUCUGAUAGACCUAACGACGGCCAAUACCCAGUUAUAAGAUGGAGACAAACAGCGAACUACGGUUACGUGCCCAAUGAAAAGAUGCGCAACACAUUCAUGGCUGUAGCGAUGGACUUGGCUGACAAUGAUUCUCCCACAGGAGGUAUUCACCCCCGUGACAAGCAAACUGUAGCCGCUCGUUUGCUACUCGGUUCAAUGAGAGUUGCAUAUGGUCGUAAAGAUAUUAACCCUGAUGGCCCACUACCACAAAGCGCUGUCCAUACUCCAGCCGGAUAUGUCGUCUUAUCUUACCAGGAUGACCAGCCCCUCGUUGUGACAAAACAACAAGACUUCGCGGUUUGUUGUGAUGGUGAAUGCAGUAUGUAUGAUCCUACACCUUCUCCUUACUGGGUAGUCGCCCCAAUCGCCUCUUACUCUAAUCGCCAUGUGAUUUUGGACACAAGAAAGUGUUUGGAGAAAGGUGACAGCCCAAAAUUCAUCCGGUACGCCUGGGCUCUUACUCCAUGCGAGUACAAGAAAUGUUCUGUGUAUAACACUCGUGGUCUGCCUGGUCCACCGUUCUACAUCGAAGUUAAGAAUGAAGAUCCAUGAAAAGUUCUUUAAUAAACUUUUUUUAUAUUAACAAUAUUCUAUGGAAGCCGUGAAGAUAGUUGUUUUCUUAAUAUUUUCUUUAUUUAUACCAAAUGGGACGAGAAAAUUAAUAUAAAAUGUGUCCCAUCUACCCUACUACACUAUAUUCUAGUUAUGCAUACAUGUGUAUCUUGCUUACUUACCAAUUCAGAAUACAUUGCGGUAAACAAA